UCGCGAACCUCGUUCGAGUCCGCCAUCUUGCGCGUUGUUUGAGUUUUUUUUUUCGCUGGUUUCUAGUUGUGAAUUUUCCCCGGAAAAAUGGAAAUUUCCAAGGGAAAACUGAAGGAAAUGAAACUUUGUAGGUUCUGUUUGAGUGGCGACGAGUCAAAGUUGAGCAGCAUUUACCGGAAAGAGCCGAAAACUGUGCCCUUACCGAUACAAAUUAUGAGCUGUUUAUCAAUCGAGGUAUUCGCUGGGGAUGGACUUCCCGAGCUCAUCUGUGAAGACUGCAAAAAACAAACUCAUAAGUCUUACACAUUUAAAGCAAACUGUAAAAAAUCCGAUGAGGCUCUUAAGAGUUACCUAAUAACUGGCAAGUUAGUGAAACCAACUUUAAAAAAAAUCCUAGUGGAGCAAGAACCUCUAAAAGAGACCGUUCCUAGCAACACACCAGCUAGAAAACCACCUCCACUCACAGAUAUGAAAACAAUGCUCAAAAGAGAUGCUCCUGCAGCAGACCCUGUUCAGGAUCCAUCAGAUAUAAAGAGAAUGAGACUGGAAGAUGGCACUGAAGUGAUAACUUUGUGCAUUUCUGAGGAGUUUCAAUCACAAGAGGAAACCAGCCAGGAUUCAGUAGCACCCAAGGAACCCGUUGGCAGCAGCAGCUUAAAGUUUGAUAUUUCACAAGAAGAGGAGGUUUUCGAACAUCUUCCUCCUGCACGAGAAGAAGAUGAAGUGGAACAAAUCGCAACGGCUAUCUUUACAUGUAAUAUAUGUGAGAAGACGUUUCCAUUGGAACAGUUGCUCGAUCUUCAUCUGGUCAAUCAUGUUAAAGAGAGAAAUUUUGCUUGUAAUUUGUGCGAUCUGAUGUUUUUCUCAAGAUCAGACAUGAUAAAACAUCAACAAGUCCACGCGGACACAAAACCCUUCAAAUGCUCGGUGUGCGACAAGGAAUUUGCCCGAGAAGGAGUAUUAAGACGUCACGAACAAACCCACCCGGAGACGCCGAACUACGUGUGCCAAGAGUGCGGCAAAACCUUUUUACAAGAAACCGACUUGGAGCGGCAUAUGUCGAAACACGAAAAAUCACGGCCGUUCGAGUGUCAGGAGUGCGACAAGAGUUUCGUAUUUAAGCAGGGAUUAGAACGUCACAUAAACUCAAGCCACAAAGAAGCACAACAUUACAAGUGCAACUACUGCGAGGCAGGUUUUAGCACCCUGAUCAGACUGACGCGUCAUAUUACCCACCACGCGGGCCUUAGACCUUAUCCGUGUAGAAUAUGCGGAAGAACGUUUCUCCUCAGUCACCAUUUGACGAGACACAUGAAGGGCCAUUAUGGACCUCAGGUGGAUACACUCGGUCGGCACCGUUGCGACAUCUGCAGCAUGUCGUUUAAGAGGAUGGACAGUUUGCUGAAUCACACCGCUAUUCAUAGCAUGGUUAAUUUGAAAUGUGUAAUAUGCGAUACGUCGUUCGAAACGGCCCAAAUGGUAAAAGAGCACAUAACCACGCACUUACACGAGCUUCCCUUCCCUUGCGAGAAAUGCGACUACAGUUUCGACACUGAAAAACAACUAUUGGCCCAUGAGGUUAAACAUGCCGAAAUGGAAUAUGAGGACCUAAUACAAAAAGAGGUAAUUUCGGAAGUCAAAAACCAUAAGUGUGACAACACUUGUAGCCAGUCAAGUACGGAAGAAAAAAUUAGUAAAUUUAAUAAUAAAAGUCCCCUGGAGGAGUAUGAGAUGGUAUUAGAGCAAGAACAGGGUGGCGAAGUAUCUACAUUCCAUAUAGUCAAUAACGAAGGCGCUUUAAAUGUGGAACCGAAAAAAGAAUUAGCUCAGGAUCCGGAUCAUCUGUUUGUUAAUGAAUUAGAGGAGGAGAAGCCACAAGAAGAACCUCACAACGUGAUUAACGAAGAUGAAGAUUUGACAAGGGAAGACGUUAUUAAACCCGUUUAUAGAACCCAGGGCACCAAGAUGUACCAACGUAAAGGGCCGGUGCAACGAAAAGUACCGCGGGUCGAACCGAAAAUCCAACCGGUAAAAACGGCCGAUCUGAAAGAAAUCGACGCAAAACCGGGAUUGGGGCCGAUCACGCCGGACGCGUUGAGCAGUUUACCCUCGAAGAAGCCGGUCAACGUAAAAGUGGGCGAUCAGGUGGUGAAAGUGCAGAAGUUUAUUAUUAGUAAGGAGGAGAUGAAACAGAUGGCCAAGAUGGGUAUUUUGGAAGUGAAAAACGGCCAAGUAAUAAUGAAAACUCCAGGUCAACCAAUAAUCAACGCAAAAAUUAAGCCGGUGCAACAGAGCGACAUUGAAAAUCUAAUAAACGGCGAUAAAAUCAAAAAGACCAGCCCAAUUAAGCAAUAUGAAAGAAAAGGUGGUCACAGAAGUUCUCAGGGUUCUACUGAAGCUGAAUAAAAACGUUUUGUUAUAUUUAAUAUUAUGAUUAGAGGUUGUAUAGAAGGUCUGUAUAUAGAAUAAAUAAAACUUUUUUUUAUAGUCUUUA